AUGACGCGCUCAGAGAAAAAGAAAGCCAAAGCCCGCCGCGCCUUCAACGCCCACCAAUCCGCUCCGCCCAGAACUCCACGCGCAGGUCCCGUCCCCAUUGCGCAGGCACGGCUCCGAGCGCGAUACACAGCAAUCAAAAACGAACACAAGAAACGCAUGAGACGCCUCUGCACGGCCAUCCUGGGCACCAACCUCCACUUCCGCGGCCACAUCUGGAUUCCAACGGCAGAGAAAGCAGCACAGCCCGACGCCGCACGGCUGGGCGACAUCCAGCGGGAUCUGGACAGCGGCACGGCAGCCGUGUUCUGGGCCGACGGGUCGGAGUGGAACGGCGUGCUGGGCGGCGCGGUGGCGUGGCACGCGGCCGGGGGCGCGCAGGCCGUGUACUACAAGCUGGGGCGCAGCACGCGGGGCUCGGCGUCCGAUGCGGAGUUGUUUGCGAUUGCGGCUGCGGUGGCGAAGGGCAGGCAGCGCGUUGAGGAGGGCGGUGAGGUGCGGCUGGUGCGUGUGUACUCGGACGCGCAGACGCUGUUGGAGUCGCUGCGUGAUGGUGAGCCGAUGGUGUUUGGGCCGUUGGACGAGAGCUACUUUCCGCUCAGGGCGCUGUAUGAGGAUACGGACUGGCUGGUUGCGAAGGGCGUGGGGGUGGAGCUGGUCUGGGUGAAGGGGCACCGGGGCAGUGAGGGGAAUAAGAUCGCGGACGCGGCUGCGAGCAGAGCAGUGCAGGAGCAGUAUACGGCUGAUGAAUCAGCGGGACGCGGUGAUGAGAAGGACUUGGAGAUUCCGGAGUUCUGGAAGCAACUUGGACCUGACUGGGCUGCAGAGUGGCUGUAUCGCCAGCGGUUUCAUGAG